UGCCGCUUAAUCGUCACGUUUAUUUUGUUGUUAUUGUCAUUAAGUUUCGAAUUUUCGUACGGUUUGCUUAGUAGACUGUAAUUGUAUGUGACGAUAUGGUCAUCGGUUGAAUUAAUUUAUUGAUCAAUGUCUUGUGUCAUAGUGAUAAGAAAAGCUCGGGCCGACGAUGAGCCUGCCCGCGCAGCGCUCAUACGGAGCAGCUACGCUGGUUACAAUCGAGAUGCUUUCUUCUUGUUCUUUUUCCAAGAGCUGACGCUGCAGAUGGGCGUGCUGCUGGGCGCGGUGCUGUUCAUCUUCUGCGGCGUGUCGCUCCGCGCGCUGCUGCUGCUGCCGCCGGCGUUAGCGGCCGCGGUACAACUCGCCGUGUGGAUCACACAUGCCGCCAUCGCUGACAAACGGGUGCAGGAAAUGAGGAAGGAGUCUGUGGGUCUGGUAGCGGAGUACCACGGGCCGCUGGUGGCGGAGCCGAGGCGCCUGCGCCCCACUGUGGUGGUCGCGGAGCACUGGCGGCCCGGCGGCGACGGGCCCCUACACACACAGGUGGUGGGCACGGCCAGCGUGUCGGAGUUCUGGGGCCCGGAGCCCGCGGGCUGGCUGCACGGGCUCGCGGUGCACGCAGACUGGCGGCGGCGCGGGGCGGGCGCGGCGCUGGCGCGCGCGGCGGCGCUGUGUGUACAGGCGGGUGCUCUGCAUGCGGUGCUCAGUGAGCUGCAGUCUGCAGCCGCCUGUACACUGCGCGGGCAGGGCUUCCGGCCGCGCGCCGCCUACCACCGGCGGCUGUGCGGCGCGCGGCUCACGCUGGCGCUGCAGCACCUCGCGGUGGACCUGCCCACUCAUGUCUAGCUGAUGUACUUGUAGGUAUACUCGAUAUUCGUGACGGACGGAAUAGUGCCGACAGCGCCAGCCAUGAUCCGGCUGAGCAGACACUCCCUAAAGUUUAUGCAAUUUAAGGCGAUCUGAAUACCAAUUGAAUCUUUAAAAAAUAUUGUAAUGUGAUAAUUUUACCAUUUUUUUAUAACGUCAAGUGAUGUAAAUGAAAUGAAUAUUAAACAGCAAAGCUGUGCCACAUGAAGGCUGUCUCUCAUAUUGGAAUAUUGUUAAGCAUACUUAAUAUAUAAAUAUUAUUAAAUAUUACGUAUUAAUUGACCAUGGCGAAUGCCAAAAAAUGCAUUAAUAAACACUACAAUAAAUAAGUUGGUUACGUAUA